GAAGCUUUUGCUCGGGCCCGCCGAAAUGGGCGAGCAUAACCUCCUCAAUACCGGGUUUGUGGGACCUUUGGUAAACAUCCACACCGGAGACACGUUUUACCUCCCCAACUUCCGAGCUUCUGGUGGACAACUGGCGGGUCUACCUACCCUCCCUUACCCAAGAAGGGACAAUGUUUGCUCCCUCCCCUGGACUCAGUCGGAGCCCUGCAACGGAUACACUCAGUCGUUCUUUAGCAAUCCCGUGUCCCUAAAUCCCACAUUCAACCGAGCAUGUGAGAUUACACGGCAAGACGAAAGCAAAUGCUAUUACAGUGGUGCUGGUGGCGGUGCCGGUGGUGGAGGUGGUGUCAACCGAGAAAACUGCAUCGAUAAGCGAGAUGAGAGGGCAAGAAAUGAUGACUCAAUAGCUCCAGAGCACGGACUGCACAGUUCCAGCAUGAUGGGAACAGCGAGAAUAUAUACAAAGUACGACUACGGACCUUCUGCAGAGCAUUUGACCCAAGACCCUCCGUCCUGUCACUCCAUGGAAUCGGACUCUGGCUCGCCACCUAACGAGGGAGGCAAAGCACCGUGCACCACCAACAUGGUGCAUUCAUUAACAUCCCCUGGCAACCAGCAUAGCAGCAUAGCUUCGGGAGGAGGUGCUCCAUGGUACCCUAUGCAUACGCGGACCCGAAAGAAGCGCAAGCCCUACUCCAAACUUCAGCUGGCAGAGCUGGAGAGCGAGUUCAUGCUCAACGAGUUCAUCACCAGGCAGCGCAGAAGGGAACUCUCCGACCGGCUCAAUCUAUCGGACCAACAAGUGAAGAUCUGGUUCCAGAAUCGCCGCAUGAAGAAGAAAAGACUGUUGAUGCGAGAACAAGCUCUCUCUUUCUUUUAGGGGUAAAACCGGGAGAGGAAAUUUACCAAACCUGUAUAUUUCAGGGCAGGGGCAAGUGAUUUGUGUAGGUUUUCCUCGAAUAGGCUGUUAGAAGUGAUAAAUCCAUUUCGCUUUGAGCAACAACUCACGUUUAGCACACUGGAAACUUGAGAGUGACUGUACAUUUACUUUACAAGCAAGCGACCAAAUAAGCUAGAGGACUAAUAUGAUGGGGUAUAUGGGCCUGAUUGAAAGCUACUGCAGAUGCAGGUCUGUUCAGAGUAGAAAUCUGGCAUGCAAUCUAAACAGUUUAUUAGGUCAUUUAAAAAUACACACACACGCUCACACACACAUAGCAUAAAAUAACAGGCCAUAUUCGUCCAAACCCCCCCACACACACGUUUUCCCAAUCCCUACCACAGGGAACACUUUUAUUCAUCACAUAAGUAUAUUUGAAUUAAAAUUGAUUAUUGAUUUUAAAAAACGAUCAACAAAUAGAACCAACAAAACGUGCAGGUGCUUAUGCUUCGUGCUUAUUCUUUAUACUCCAAAGGGAGGUUUACAGUGAAUGAUAAAUGCACCACUGGACAAUUAACGGCUUAAUUUCGCACACGCUAUGUAUCGUUGAACUUACCACAAUUAUUUUAGGAAAUGCCCAGGUAGGAUAAGAGGGUCUGUGGAUUACUCUAGGUGCCUUUUUAGGAAAAGUGAAUGUAGAACUACAGUCACCAACCAGGCACAAGUCCCUGCUGCUAUUCUGGUAAGCAGUGCUGGUCAGCAGAUUCAGGUCGUUUGGAUGUGAAUUAGUGCUCGGUUAUGUUUGCAAUUUAUUAACAGUCAUUGCAAUACUAUGCGACAGGACUAUGCGACAGGAUAUAUAUGCAGUUCUGUACAAAUGUUUUAGGCACCUGAGAAAAUCUGAAAUGGAGAAGUAUAUAUUAACAAUAUAUAUAUAUAUAUAACAAUAAUGUUAGAACAAAUACAUUAAAACUCACCCAUAACUACUGGUUUUACAUUACUGUCUUUAUUGAAACAUCUCCAAAGUUCUUCACACGUUUACAUAUUUAUUAUUUAUAAUUAUUAUCCUAACACUUGCCUUGAUAGAUCAGUGCUUACUGGUUUUAAAUCAGGUGAAUUGGCAAUGGAACUGAACACAUCCACUGGGCCGCUGUAUGGGGCAUCCAGGAGAAAUCUGAAAAAAAAAAAGUUUAUAAGAUCUCAACUUUUCUGUUUUUGUGAAACUCAUGUUCUAAUGUGAUUAGGUGCACAAAACCUCCACGUAGUACUGUACACAUAUGUUUUAAUAAUGUGCCUAGGUGCCCAAAGCCUCCACGCAUUAUUGUACACAUACAUAUUGGAUUGAAGGUUAAUCUUUUAAAAAAUAUUUUUAUUGGUUGAUUUGAUUUAUUGUAUUGAUUGAUUAACAUUUGUACAUUUAUUUCAGACAAAUUCCUAAAAUAUUACUGAUACGACACGUAAAUAUAUAACAAUACAUUUCAAGAAUAAACGCACGAAAUGACCUUAGGACCUUGAAUUCUGCAUUUCCCAUGGAUAACAAUUAACAAUAGUUGUUUUAUUUCAAUAUAAUUUAAAGUGAUGGGAUAUAUAUGGCAUAUCUGGAGAAUGUAUUAAUCUUAAUCGCCUCGAUCAAGAGGUCCUGGUAAGCAGCGACGUAUUCUCUCAUUUUGUGAAUUGAGAUCUGACGCUUGAGAUUGUUUAUUGCAAUUCAUCAUUUGUAUUUUGUAAAAAAUAAAUAUAGAUGAAUGCACAGGCUAAAUCGUUAUUCAAACAGUAGAAAAGCAAACUUGUCUAGUGUAUUAUAUGCAUGUAUUUUUUAUUUUAUUGUUCUGCUGCGCUUUUUUGUUUUCACCCAAGUUGUUUGUAUGACUUACCCGUAAAAUUCAAAACUGUGAUAUUCGUUGCUAUGAAAUAUGUACUCUUUGAAUGAUUAAUGUGACGUCUUUUUCUCUUUUUCGUUCGUGUAUGUGAAGUCGUUUAUUUGACCAAUCAAUACGAGUUAUAGUACAGUUAGUGUAUCAAUGUAAAGUGCUGUUUAUUAAAGUCUGCUUAA